CUAGCAGCAGCGGCAAGCGAUGACGUCUGUGAAUGUGGUGUGUGUUGACUCUGGCUCAAUAACACGGCUCCACCCAAUUUAACACAGCGAGCAAGUAGCUACUUUAGGAAGCCAAACAUGGCGUUUGCAUCUCAGUUCUGAGAUGCUGUUCAAGUGUUGCUUCGUGAAGAAAACACGAGAACAGCACCUAGGAGGUCACAAAAGCGACCGUAAAGCAAAAGGGCGCAGUGAACUGACAAUCAGCCGACAAGGCAUGGGAGCUUGGGCAGACUAGCAGUGAAGAGGGGUCUAGGCUUAAGCAAAGUUAAGCGGGGGGAUAGCUGCAGUGUAUGUAAGGGAAUAAUAAUACUAGUGAGAAAACUUUCAGGCACGCACAGCGUUGCGACAGCUGCUCCUCGUUUAUUUGCUUGGUGCAGCCUAAAAGCAGGAGAGAGGCUAAAAGGAGAAUAUAGCGCUGCUUUGGGGGAAAAUAUAUCAUUUUGGACUGGACGUGAAGAUGGCCCACUCGCCGGUAGCAGUCCAAGUGCCAGGGAUGCAGAACACCCGGGCGGACCCUGAGGAACUCUUCACCAAGCUGGAGAGGAUAGGAAAGGGCUCCUUUGGCGAAGUCUUCAAAGGCAUUGAUAACAGGACACAGAAUGUGGUCGCCAUUAAAACCAUCGACCUGGAAGAAGCAGAGGAUGAAAUUGAAGACAUACAGCAGGAGAUCACGGUCUUGAGCCAGUGCGACAGCCCGUAUGUAACAAAGUACUAUGGCUCUUACUUGAAGGCCACUAAGCUUUGGAUCAUCAUGGAAUACUUAGGGGGAGGAUCUGCACUUGAUUUGUUGCGAGCAGGGCCUUUUGAUGAGUUCCAGAUUGCCACCAUGCUGAAGGAGAUUCUUAAAGGCCUUGACUAUCUGCAUUCAGAGAAGAAGAUUCACCGAGAUAUCAAAGCGGCCAAUGUGUUACUGUCCGAGCAGGGAGAUGUGAAGCUGGCAGAUUUUGGGGUGGCUGGCCAGCUGACGGACACCCAGAUAAAGAGAGAGACAUUUGUGGGGACGCCUUUCUGGAUGGCCCCCGAGGUCAUACAACAGUCUGCAUACGACUCAAAAGCAGAUAUCUGGUCUUUGGGAAUAACAGCCAUUGAGCUGGCUAAGGGAGAGCCCCCCAACUCGGACAUGCACCCCAUGCGAGUGCUGUUUCUCAUACCCAAGAACAACCCGCCAACACUCACUGGAGACUUCAGCAAGGCAUUCAAAGAGUUUAUCGACUCCUGUCUGAAUAAGGAUCCUGCUUUUCGACCCACCGCAAGGGAGCUCCUGAAGCACAAGUUCAUUGUUAAAAACGCGAAGAAGACUUCCUACCUGACGGAGCUGAUCGACAGGUACAAGAGGUGGAAGGCUGAGGGUCACAGUGAUGACGAUUCCAGUUCUGACGACUCGGACUCGGAAUCAAGCAACAAAGAGAAUGACCGCUCACAGCCAGAGUGGUCUUUCACAACUGUCCGAAAGAAGCCGGAUUCCAAGAAGAAUUUGCAAAAUGGAACGGAUCAAGACCUGAAGAAAUCAGCAAGUUUGUCUUCAGUUAUUACUCCCCUAUUUAUGGAGCUCAAGCUUCAACAUCGGGAUAGUGCUGCUAAGAAAAAUGCGAUUGAUGAGCUGGAGAAGAGCAUUAAAAUGGCAGAAGAGGCAUGUCCAGGAAUCACAGACAAAAUGGUGAAGGCAAUCAUAGACAGGUUUCAGAAAUUUUCUGCAAGUUAAUCAUAUUGUGGGAAUUGUUCUGAAAUGCGCAAAAUGAAUUAGCUGGACACAGACCACCACCUGACAGGACUCCCUUCCUGUGCCCUUUUACACUCUGGAGAUACUAUUGUUUCUAAGGCUGACUUUCAUUAUCUCAUCAUCAGCUAUAUCGUGGGCAGAAAAGGACUAAUCCAUGUAUAUUUGUAAAUAUUGUAGGGAUAAGAAUUCAAGCACACUUUUUUUAUUUCAGCAUUUUAGUUGUUUUUUUUUAAUUCAUUUUAAAAGCCUCAGGUGCACAGCGAGGCGGGUGAGUGCUUUUCAAUCAGAAGAUGCUUGGGGUGUUGCGCACUGUAUCUUAAGUCUUGGGUUUUAAUGUAAGAUAAACAUCAUUUAAAAAUGUUGAAAUACUAUUCUGCUGCUGAGCGUAAGGCAUCUUACCAGUAUUUGUUGUUUUAGCUAGAUAUUGUCCUUUUGUUUCUAAAAAGUCUUAUUCACUACCAUAGGAUACAUUAUUUAAGUGCAGAAAAUGGUGACAAAAUUAUCCUUGUAAGCAGGUAGUGUUGUUAACAUUACCUAGAAAACUGUGCCUCCACCACAGAUGAGUGCUAAUUAAGGAGGUCCAGCAUGUGCUGUAAUCUUGUAACCUGCUGUACAAAAAGAUUAUAUAUAACGAUGUACAUCUAGUUUAUCUUUCAAAAUACCUCAUAAACUUCCAUAGUAAGCAAAGGUAUCCAUUAACAAAGGUCUGAGAGUGGCGAAUGUUGAGGUUUCUUAGACUUGAUUUUAAUAGAACAUGCACCUUGGUUUCUGUAACAGAUGCCACACAAAAGACAAUUUCUCUCAUCGCCUUAAGCCUUAAAAAAGAUCAGUUAGGAUUCAUUUUAAAUCCCUGUUUAGUCAGCUUUCUCAGAUUCCAAUCAAAAAACAUUUAUUUUCAUAAUAAGAAGGUGCUUGUCUCUGAAGCUGCCGAUGAUUCAGUUUUAAAGGGGCAAGACUUUGAUGCAACGUAUUACAAGUAUGAUUAGGGGGUGUUUGCUUUAGAAAUAUAUGUAGACUUUAUUUUUAGGGUACGUAUGGCCAGUACAGCCCCUAUCUUGUUUAAAAACCUGCAUUUACCAGUAAUAGUCAUGGAAAUGUUUUUUGCUGGACAAACUUCAGAUACAAAAGCAGGAGCAAAAUAGGAAGGCUUUUCUUUUCUUCUGUGUGGCUUGUUAUCACACAACAUGUGUGAUGUAUUUUAUAAUGUAUGAAAGAAAGAAUCUGCCAAGUCUUUAAGCAUGAUACUUCUGAAAAUAUUACUACUGGAAGGUGCCAUCCCAGUUUCACAGUUGAUAUUAUCCUAGGUGGCGAACAUUUGAGAAAUGCCAACCUGACAUCCACUGGUGCCUAAAGAAAAUGUAUUGAACUUUUAAUUCCUCUAUUUUAUUGUAAUAGUCAUUUAUUUCUUUACUUGCUUUUUUAAGUACUUCUAAGUGAUACGUAAAUAUUGCCAGACUGUUUGAAUUUUUUUGAAAGCAAUAAUAUUUGGAUAUAAUAAAAUAUUUUUAUAAUGAUGUACAAACAACAAGCAGACACAAAAGGAAAUGGAAUUUUUGUAAAUAGCAUUGAUCUGAGCUUUAUAAAGGAACUGUAUUUGGUUGAACUGCAGAAAAAAGAGAACUGUAAAACUUAUCUUGUAGACUCGCUAGUCCUGUAAAUCUGUUUUAAAGCUAAUUUUGGUUUGGGGUUUUAAGAAUAAAUAUUUAAAUCAUGA